UCCUUUUUCCACAAAACCCUAAUAUUUUUUACCAUACUCAUUGGUUCCCAAAACCUUCGUUUUUUCGUUUCUGCCGUUGCAUCCUCAUCUGCGGCUACUUCAUCUUCAACAAGAGUACUCCAUCCUCAUCAAAAUAUGUGUUCCUCCUGGUGUAUUCCGUCACAUGCUUCCUUGCAGUCUCAAGGAGAAGGAUGCUCCCCCAAACAAAACCUCACUCCCUUCUCCCAAUCAUCUCCCCACAUUCACAAUGUUAGUCUCACGCCUCCACCUCCAACUCUUCACACCCCCCCUCCCCCCACCACACCACCACCACCCACCUCCCAUCUCCCCUCGCCGCUUCCCCAUCAUUUGCGCCUCCUCCAUAACAUCCCAAAGAAUCGCCUUCGACUACAACGGAGCAGGACCGGGUGUUCCACUAGAUCUCGGCUCAAUUGAAGUCGACGCCGUCACUAAAAUAGAGCUCAAAGAGAAUGGCUUUUGUAGCACCAGGAGAACCAAACUCGUUUGCACUAUCGGACCCGCUACGUGCUGGUUUGAACAGCUUGAAGCUCUUGCUGUUGGUGGAAUGAACGUUGCGAGAAUUAACAUGUGUCAUGGGACUAGAGAGUGGCAUAAAACGGUUAUUAAUCGUGUAAGAAGACUUAACCAGGAAAUGGGAUUUGCGAUUGCGAUUAUGAUGGAUACUGAAGGGAGUGAGAUUCAUAUGGGUGAUCUCGCUGGUGCUUCUUCUGCUAAAUCUGAGGAUGGUCAGAUCUGGACUUUUAGGGUUAGGGUGUUUGAUUCUUCUCUUCCACUUCCACAUCUUAUCAUCAAUGUCAACUAUGAGGUUUUUGUCAACGAUGUGAAGGUUGGGGAUGAGCUUUUGAUUGAUGGGGGAAUGGUUAGGUUUGAGGUCAUUGAGAAGAUAGGCCUAGAUGUGAAGUGUCUUUGUACUGAUCCUGGCUUGUUGCUACCGAGGGCAAAUCUUACUUUCUGGAAGAAUAGUAGUUUAGUUCGAGAAAGGAAUUCCAUGCUUCCUACAAUCUCUUCAAAGGAUUCCAACUUCUUUAUCUCUUUUUGUAAGUAUUUAGUUUGAAUUAGUGAAGUGUUGUUUUUUCUGGUGAAAUAUUAAACUCUUGGUGGAGUAUGACAUGUAUUUUUCUCUAGGAGUUUGCCUUGAGCUAAGAACCAAAACUUGAUAAUGAUGUGUUGUUACUAUUCAAUCCAUGUUCACGGUUGAAAACAGCUGGUGCACAUACAUGAUGCUCCCCAAUCACAUUUCUGUAACUUUUUUUUUAGAAAGCAAGAAAUUAUAUUAACGGGAGAACAAAGGGGUUUCUCCAACCCGUAUACACCGGAUCCCAACCAAAACGAUAAAGAAAAUUACAAACCAAAUUACUUUAUGAGAGGAAAAACACCGGAUCCUUACAAAACUCAUAAAAGGUAUAUUUGGGAUGAGUAAUCUUCCCACAAUAUGACCACUUCCACACCAAAAGUUUGAUGUUCCACACCGUAUUGUCGACGUUCCAAGGUUCAUUCCGGAAACAAACACCAUUUCUAACUAACCAUAUAGCCCAAGUAAUAGCUAACCAAACUACACCCAAUUUUCUAUCUUUCACCAUAUGCACAUUAAAAAAAGAAUGCCAAUCCAUAUAAAAAGCAAGGCACUCUACAAAAUAACUAUCCCCUUUACCAACCCAAACCUCUAUAUCGCGCCAAAUCUUCAUCGCCACCCCACAUUCAAAAAAGAGAUGAUUCAAAUUUUCCGAGCAAACACCACAAAAAGAACAUAAUGAAUUAUCUAGAGAAAAAGCAAUACCUCUAAGAGCCAAUUGGUCUUUUGUAGGAAGUCUAUUCCGGAAUAAUCUCCAACCGAAAGCUUUGAUCUUGAAAGGAACAUCCAACUUCCAAAUCAAACCAAAAACUCCAUCAUGGAUAUUCGGAGGACCAUAAGGAAUCCGCAUCAAAUCCAAAAACUCGUAGCAUGAAGCUACCGAAAAAGUCUUGUCCGAGUUGCCAUUCCACUCCACCAAAUCUUUGCCCACUUUCCAACUGCUAAACUCCUCCACUUUAUUUUUCAUACUAACCGCCUCUUCUACGGAAUCUUCCGCUUCCAAAAUGUCAUUGGAUAUACCAAAAUUACUCCAUUUCCAAUUUCCCUCCAUCCACCCUCCCAUUGCCGCUACCGAUACUUUUUUCAACCGGGAAUACUCAUAUAACACCGGAAAGUUAUCUCUCAAAGAAACACCACCAAGCCACUUAGAAUCCCAAAAGGGUGUCUUAAAACCAUCAUGAACAAUAUAGCUAAUAUUUUCAACAAUAGGAUCCACUAUAAAAGAAGAACUAACCUUAAUAAUAUCCUUCCACCAAAAGGAACACGAGGAAGAUACUUUUGCCUCCUUGUCAACACAAAAAACCUUAGAAGAUACAUUUCUGUAACUGGGUUUAAGAAG